CAUAAAAUGAUGGAGGAGCUCAGCAGGUCAGGCAGCCUAUGGAGAGAAAGAAACAGUCAAUGUUUUGGGAUGAGACUCUUCAUCACGACAGGAUAGGAUGAGGAAAGAAUCCAGAAUUAUAAGGCCACAAACUUAUAAAUCACCCUGCUGUGGACCACUUCUGAAGGUCCAAGAUGCCGACCUCUACAAAGAAGGGAUCCGUAAAUGCCAUGACCGCUGGACCAGCUUUUCUAUUUUGCUUCUGCUGCAUUUCCUGGAUUGGACGAGAGAAGACCAAUUACUUCAGAAUCGCAAAACAGACAAGAAAGCACCAACAGAAGCCUAUUUCACCAGAAUGUAUGGAACUGAGCAAAAUCUUUACUCUUAAACCAAACAGGUUAACUGAGGAUGAUUUUAUCAAACUGUUCAAGAAAGUUCAGAAUUGUGGAUGGAUGAAAAAUUCUACGGAGCACAGAAAGAUCCGAUCACAGUUACAGAAAUGCUGUAAUGCAUCAAAAAAUUUUGUUAUUACACAACUCAACACUCCACUGGGUACAAACGUCAGUUAUGCAGUGGGAUCCAAAAACAAAAUUACAAUUACUAAAGACAUCUUUGACCUGAUUCCGAAGACAGAUCCGUUUAAAGAUCACAAACUUAAAUAUUGCUCAGUUGUUGGAAAUGCUGGAUUUCUAAUUAACAGCAGCUGUGGAGCUGAAAUCAACGAGGCCGACUUUGUAUUCAGAUGCAAUAUUCCACCAAUCAAGGAUUAUAAAGAUGAUGUGGGAACCAAAACAGACAUGGUGACAUUAAACCCAAGUAUUCUUAGAAGCAGAUUUCGAAGUCUAAAUUCAAGGCGAAAGCCUUUUAUGGACCAUGUAUCCAUCUAUGAAAAUGCAUUGAUUCUGCUGCCUGCAUUUACUUAUUCAUCUGAUGCUUCAAUCUCAUUUAAAGUGUCCUUCACACUGCAAGACUUUGGAGCAAAACAACAGGCAAUAUUUUUAGGUCCAUCGUACCAGAAAUCACUUACUCAAUUCUGGAAAGCUCAAGGUAUAGGUGAAACGUCUCUUUCUUCUGGUCUCAUACUAUUAAGUGCAGCAUUGGAAAUGUGUGAAGAAGUCUGGGUGUAUGGGUUUUGGCCCUUCUCCAAAGAUGUAGCUGGAAACCAGUUGUUCCAUCAUUACUAUGAUAAUAAAAUGCCAAAGAAAGUUCACUCAUUUUCUAAUGAAUUUUACAAACUACUACUGCUUCACAUGAAAGGGGUUGUGAAAGUGCAAGCUGGUCAAUGUGGGAAAUCCUCUGUGUAAGUCACUUCUUCAGAUUUAUUUUUUGAAAGGGGUUAUAACUAACAUGUACAUUGUUAAAUCUUCCCUAAUGGUUAGUGAUGACAGAAAAAAUAAACACAACUCAGUUAUUCAAUGCUUGAUAAUCAAUCACCAUUUCUUUGCAGUAAUCCAACAUGUUAUGAUUCCCUUAAAAUCCAAAAAUCUUUGAUCUCCUGUUUGAUGACACCUAGUGACCAAACCUGAGUAGUGGCCACAAUGAGCACACUAUGCUUCCUUGGAUGACCGACUUCCUGUCCACUCGAAUGUUAGUGCUGGUUCUUACCCACCCAUUCCUGGCAUCAAAACCAAUCACUGGAGCGUUCUCUCCAAUAUCAGGCUCAGUCCAGCCCCACUUUAGUCUCCUGAAUUGACCCAUUCUCCAUCCUCCAACGUUGACACUAAAAGUUUUCAGUUUUCUCAGUGGAGGAAAAUCAGCAACUGCAGUAUAUGAACUGCACCACCAAGGACCAGAAUUGUAGGAAGCAACAUAGUCUCUUUAUCAGAGGCUACAGAAGUAGCUGCAGAAAUAGAAUGUUGGCUGUGGCGAUAGAGGGACGAAGUUAAGGGAGUGGGAAUGACAGAUGUUCAGAGGCAGAGAGUGAUGAGUGUAGAAGAAAAGAGUGUGUGUAAAGGGUUGGAGAGGAGAUGGGGAUGAAGGGAUAGCAGGGUAAGGAAAUCACGGUGGGAGAGUGUUGAUGGGAAAGGGGAAGAGAGCCAGAUUGGUGUGUGGAUGUGAUGAGCAAAACCAAGACAGAAAAGAGGAGAAAAUACAGCGAAAGAAUAAAGCAAAGAGGUGACAGUGGGUGAAUGUGUGAGAGAUGGAGGUAAAAUUGAGGGUAAGCGACAAAAGGAAUGAAAAGGAUUAGAUGCACCCACUCUCUUCUCAGUUCCCUUGAACCUCUUUUUCUUUCCACACCCACUCACUAUCACUCUCCACCAUUCCUCUUUCAUUCUGUUGCCUCACUGCUCAAUUUCUUUCUUCACCUUUCUGGCAUAUGAGAGAGCAUCCAGGACAGCAGGAAAGUAAGGAAAGAGAAUGGGACCGUUUGGAUUUACUUCAGAGAACUAAGAUGAACCCAAGGAACACAACGGCCUGUCAUAAGUUUUUUUUUAAAAAAAUGCAUGUGCACCAGUGUUCACUAAUUACUAACCAUUAAAAAUGAAUUAGUUUUGACCUUGUUUGAAUUUACUCUCACAUCCGAUCCAAGGUAACUGUGGCUCUUCUGUCAGUAAUAUAGUAAAUAAAAGCUGUUUUUUUUCCCUAAAGUGAAGUCACCAAAGAUGUCAAGGCAGCUCCCACAUUAGAUUAAACAGAGAGUAAUAGUAUUUGGAGGUGCGUAUAGUGAGGAAACAGAUGGUAAGAUUAAAUUAUUUUACUGAUUGAGGAAAAUUAAUCUCCACACAGAAAACUUCUGAAGAUUUGAAGCUGAUUUAAUUAAAGUGUACACUUGUGAAGCAUUUUUGUCCACAGACUGGAGAAUCUAGAACUAAGGUAAGGGGUCAGCAACUUAGUAUAGAAGGAAGGAGAAACUUCUUAACUCAGAAGAAACUUAACUUAGAGUUCUAAAUUUGAACUCUCCACACACGGGAACCCUGAGCAUACUUUAUAAUGACAAAUUUGGAUGUCCUAGAAGUUUGGCAAUUUUGAGGAGGGGAACGUAAUAGAUGAGCCACAGUUUCAUUAAAUAGAGAAGCAGACGCGAGGGUCCAUGAGGUCAUCUUCUGUUUGCUAUUCUUCUUUCCAUAUGCUUCAGUUUUCAGAAGGACUGUAGUUGCGGCUCAGUUGCUAUGGUAAGGGAUUUAUAACUGGAUAACCAAAAAUGGAUCUAUUAUGACAUAUCUCAGCAAUAACAUGUCAACAUGGGAUCUUCUACGAACACUAUGGACUUUUUUUAAAGACCUGAAGAUCCUGAUAAGAUCACAUGUUAUACUUCAGUGUGUACAGUCAAACUUAUGUAAUUGAAGUUAAAAAUUUAAACUACAGACAUUGGAAAGCUGAAAUAAAAAUUGAAAAUGUUGGAAACAGUUAGGAAGUCAGGCAAUACUUAGGGAAAGAGAAUCAAAAUUACUAGCUCAGGUAGAAUAUUCUUGGCCAGAACUCAGAAAGAGAGAAAACAUUUAUUUGAUGUUACUGGGAGAGGUAGGAUUACCCCAAUGAGCUGAAAGGCCUCCCAGCCACCAAUCGUCCAGAGAAGUCUGUCCAAUUAAUCUCUAUAGCAGUUACUGCCCAAUCCAAGCAACAUCAUUGUGAACAUGUUUUGCACCUUCUCCAAAGCCUCCAUGGUGAUAGAAACUGAACACAAUACCCCAAAUGUGGCCAAAUCAAAAUUUUAUGCAGCUGCAAUGUGCCUUCACAACUUUUAUACUCAAUUCCUUGAUUAAUAAAAACAAAUAUGCCUCAGUUACCACCCUAUCCACCACGACAGGAAGUAUGGACUUGCACCCCAAAUUGCCUUCAUACAUAAAUGUUCCAAAUGUUCCUGUAUAAAAUGGAUUAAUUUUAAGUUUUAUACAUACAAAAUAUAAUUGAUGAUUGUAUUAUUGAUAUUUGCUCGGCUAGACUUAGAUUUUGGUGUUUAACAAUAAAGUGUAAAGAAUUGUAAUUUUCAAAAACUGA